UUAUUCUCAUUCUUCCACCAUCAACUGUCAAAAGUGUGUGGUGCUUGUAGCUGUACAUUUUUCUAGUUUUUUACUAUUAUUUCGUUAUUUAUAAAAUUGUAACUGACGAAAUGUCAGGGAACGGCAGCCCCACGUUAUUAAAUUUGCGAGAUUAUCGAAUACAAAAAAAGACAUUAGGUCACCACAGUAACAACGGUGCAAUUAGCUCUGCACCUAAUGGAGCUGUAAGACGCCGAAUUAUUGCAUUCUCCGAUUCUGAUUCCGACUGUGAUAGUUCUGGAACAAAUUCUCAACCUGCACAAACUCCAAAGCAAAAUAUUAUAAUACCAAAUUCGAGAAACAUGAAAAAUCCGUCUGUUUUAGAAAAAGAGAACCAGAUGAAGUAUUUAAUGUCGUCAUUCCCGAAUGUUGAUGCUAUGGUUAUCCAUGAUGUGUUAUCUCGUCAUGGGUUUAAAGUAGACGAAGCGGCGUCAGAAUUAGCAAGAUGUCACGCUGUUGAGUUUAAUUCCCAAGGUUAUGCAAAAUGGAAGGAAGAAAAUGUUUUGAAUAAUGCAGGAAGUCAGACGAAAAUUACUGUUAAGAGAAAACCAUCUCCUGAUAGCGCGCCUUACAACAAAAGGAAAAAAUUUAAACGUCGGAAGUCAGAUGACGACACAGACGACAGCACUGGCAGCAAUCAAGAUUUCAAAGAUCGACGUGUGUUUGACAGUGAUGAAGAUUCGGAUGUUGAGAUUAGUGAUGAAUUAACUGGUGACAAGAAGAAAGUUUUUGAAUUUAUGCAGACAGCAACUGAAGGAGAACUUCAAUUGAUGAGUUUUUGUUCGAAGAAAAAAGCAGAAGCUAUAAUAGAUGCAAGACCGUUCACAGGAUGGGUGGAUCUAGUACAGAAAUUGAGCAACAAUAAAAACCUAAACACGGAUUUACUAAAUGCGGCACAACAAGUACUUAUGACUCGGAAUAAUAUUAGACAUUUGAUGAAAAAAUGUACAAAUUUGGCCCAACAAAUGGAAAAGGCGGUGGCUGCCGGAGCUGGAGUUAAGGCACAACCGAGGAUUUUAUCAGUUUCAUUGCGUUUGACUAAUUAUCAAAUGGUUGGACUUAAUUGGUUGGCAGUACUGCAUGCACAACGAGUAAAUGGGAUUUUGGCUGACGAGAUGGGUUUAGGAAAAACUGUACAAGUAAUUGCUUUUUUAGCCUAUUUGAAAGAGACUUGCCAAGCGCAAAAUACUCAUCUUGUUGUUGUGCCCUCAUCGACAUUAGACAAUUGGAGGUCUGAAUUUGCUCGCUGGUGUCCAGAAUUACGAGUGUUUAUGUAUUACGGGAGUACAGAGGAGAGAAGAUUGUUCAGAAUUGAUUUUGCCAAAGGAAUUUUGGCUGAUUUUGAUGUUAUUUUAACAACUUAUUCUUUGGUCGGGAAUAGUCCAGAAGAACGGAAGAUGUUUCGCGUCACACCCAUGCAUUACGUAAUUUUUGAUGAGGCCCACAUGCUAAAAAAUAUGAACACACAACGUUACGAAAAUCUGAUCAGAAUAAACGCGAAACACCGGAUAUUGCUGACUGGCACUCCACUUCAAAAUAAUUUGCUUGAAUUAAUGUCAUUGUUAAUUUUUGUAAUGCCAAAAAUGUUUGCUGAGAAAACUGAAGAUCUGAAAAGUCUUUUCCAAAAAACUUCUAAAUCUAAACAAACCGACGAUUCGUUACCACCUUUCGAGAGAGAACAGAUUGAACAAGCAAAACGUAUCAUGAAACCGUUUGUUUUGAGACGAUUAAAAUGUGACGUUUUACAAGAUCUUCCAAAAAAAAUUGACCAUGUUAUAAAGGUGCCAAUGGCACCAACACAAAAAGAACAGUAUGAAGCUUUAGUUGCUUCGUACCAAAAUGCAACGGUUGAAGAAGAAAAUUCAUAUAAUGGGAUGAGUAUAAUGACAGAUUUGAGGAAAUUAAGCAAUCAUCCAUUGCUCUUAAGAUAUCAUUACGACGAACAUCAAAUUAAAGAAAUGGCGAAACUUUUAGUCAGAGAUCCAACAUAUAAAGACACGGUAGAAGAAUACAUUGUUCAGGAUUUGUUGUUCAUGUCUGAUUUUGAAAUCAACAACUUGACAAAAAUCCACAGAUGUUUGGAACGUUACAUGCUUCCAGAUAACUUGAUUCUGACAUCAGGUAAAUUUUUGUAUUUGGACAAGAUUCUUGCGGAGCUGAAACAAACUGGACAUAGAGUUCUCAUAUUUAGUCAGUAUGUAAUCAUGUUGAAUGUAAUGGAACACUAUCUUAAAAUACGCAAGCACAAGUAUUUGAGAAUGGACGGGAGCACUCCAGUUAGUGACCGACAAGAACUUGUUGAUGAAUAUAUGGAAGACAAUAGCAUUUUUAUUUUCUUACUAUCAACAAGAGCUGGAGGUCUUGGUAUUAAUCUCACUUCUGCUGAUACUGUAAUUAUUCACGAUAUUGAUUUCAAUCCUUAUAACGAUAAACAAGCUGAGGAUAGAUGUCAUAGGAUGGGACAGACUCGACCUGUCACUGUUUACAGAUUAAUUUCUCAGGGUACAAUAGAGGAGGGAAUGUUGGAAAUGAAUAAAGAAAAGUUGAAAUUGGAAAGACAGAUAACGACUGAAGAAACAGAUAAUCCUGAUGUCAAAAGUGUGGUGAGAUUACUUUCUUCAGCCUUGGGAAUAGACAGUUCAAAAGCCAAUGCGUUUGUGUCUCCUACAAAAAAGAAGACGUGAACGAUUGUCAUUUAGAAUUAUUAUUUUAGGUUUUCUUGUUACAUUAAUACUUGUAACAGAUCUGCAUUUGUAAUGUUAGACUGUGUUAAUCAACAAUAAACAUAUUUUCUUUAA